UCAGCUGUGAUGACGGACAGCCCAGUCAUUGUGGAUAGCAUAUAUAAAGCCCAGUGAGUAGACACAAUCUCACGGACAGACAUACAUUUCGAAAAGCUACGGCUAUACUGUCCAUUUUGGAAAGAUACUACUUCCUCUGCUCAGAAGCAAUGGCUCUUCAGGAAUGGGACAGCGUUCUCCAGGACACGAUUGAGGAGCAUGACAUAGAGGACACCUGGAGCAUUGAAUUUGAUGACGCCAUUGUUCCUGAUCACCCAGCGGGAGGUUGGCAGGAGUACAUCAGUGGGGCAUUUGCAAGGUUCAUGUGCUCAAAGUGUAAGAGGACCUGGCCUUCGAAGAGAGUUCUGGUGGUGUUUCACAUGCGCCUGUUGGCAGUGGAGAACAAGGGGAUGGUUAAAGUGAAACGCUUCAGACAGAAGUGCAAGAAGUGUGUACCGAGCCAAAUGGAGGAGCCUCAUUUCAAAGCAGAGAACAUUGAGGUGCUGCUGGAGAAGCUUGUCGAGAAGAUCCUCGUCAAGUACUACGAUAAGGACCCAGGCGAGCAGAAUAAAUCAUUCCAUUUUGUUGGGAGGAUUGAUGGACCCCAUGAGGCUGCCCAUUGUGAAGCCUGCCAACAUGGCAUCUGCAGACAGGUGACCACAAAAUAAACCAUAGAAGGAAAAAGCUAGAAAAAUCUGGGAAAUGUUUAAUUCCUAAAUGUAUAUGAGUUCAAGGAAUUACUUCUCAACAGAUGUACAAAUCAUAUCCCAUGUCAAGUGAGGACAUCAUCUUUAUGGUGCAGAGACAACUGGCAACAACUCCAGCUUGGCGAAUACAAUGCAAAUUCAUAGAAACCCAUUUGCAUCAAUUACAAAUAUUUCUGGGACUUUACACAGAUCUUAGUCUGCAAAAUGUGACAAAAUGUUUAGAAUAUUCAGUGUGUGUCUGUGUGUGUCUGUGUGUGUCUGUGUGUGUGUGUGUGUGUGUGUGUGUG